AGCAAUACAGCUGAUGCCCAAAAAAGAACUCUCUAGACGCAAUUACUUGCUUUAUCCACACUGCUUCUUCCAGAAAAUAGGUGAACCGUCUGGUAGACUCUGAAAACGCAUACUGAGUUUAAAAGAAACAGAGACAUGAGGCGGUGGAGUUCUUAAUUUUAGGUAAUGCUGCCAGAUAAAAUUAACUUGAAAAACAAUCAAAAUCCCUAGCUACAAUCAUUUAGGGCUUGCAAUCCUGGGGAGAUUUCGGUGUUUUUUGCGUUUCUGUUGUUCAGAUUGGGUGUUGAGUUUUUGCCGUCUUGGCAUGGACAACAUGGAUGUCGAUUCACCUGCUGAAACUAACCUUGUCAAGCACAGUGAUCGAGUCCUUCGGAGGCUUGCUCAACUUGGAGUUCCUGAGGAGUUCCUUCAAAGGCGGUAUUCUGGUGUAGUUGAUUUUGUCAGGGAUAAGCGAACCUGGAUACCUGACUUGGUGUCUGUUAUUUUACCUCCUGAUGUGGAUGUGGCAGAUGUUCUCCAUGAAACUAAGGCAGGAACUAAAAGGAUGCUGAACCCAACAAUGAAACAACAUUUCAGGGAAUGCAUGGGCUGGUUACAGUGGUUGAUGUUUAUGUGUGAACCAGCCAUUGCUCUGAAAAACCUUUCCGAAAUGAGUACUGGCCGUGGUGUGUGUGGGGCUGUUUGGGGAAAUAAUGAUAUAGCAUAUCGGUGUCGAACAUGUGAACAUGACCCAACAUGUGCCAUUUGCGUUCCCUGUUUUCAGAAUGGAAACCACAAGGACCAUGAUUAUUCUAUUAUUUACACGGGUGGAGGAUGUUGUGAUUGUGGGGAUGUGACAGCAUGGAAACGGGAGGGCUUCUGCUCAAAACACAAAGGUGCUGAACAGAUACAACCUCUUCCAGAGGAGUUUGCAAACUCUGUGGGGCCUGUGCUUGAUGCUUUAUUGGUUUGUUGGAAAAAUAAGCUUGUGUCUGCUGAAACCAUCUGCCAGGAAAAUCCUGGAACAAGUGACCAUAUUCUUGUGCCCAAGAAGGUUGCAAAUGAGCUAACAUAUGUGGUGGUUGAGAUGUUGCUUGAGUUUUGCAAGCACAGUGAGAGUUUGCUUAGUUUUAUUUCUAGGAGCGUGAUCGCAUUGGUUGGUUUAUUGGAGAUUUUGGUGAGGUCAGAGACUUUCUUGAGUGAAGGUGUUGCAAAGAAACUUCAUGAGCUGCUUCUGAAGUUACUGGGAGAACCGAUCUUCAAGUAUGAGUUUGGUAAAGCAUAUUUAAGAUACUACCCAUUAGUUGUACGUGAAGUCAUAAAAGAAGGCACUGAUGAUACUCUCAAGAAGUAUCCUUUGCUAUCUACAUUCUCUGUGCAGAUCUUUACGGUUCCCACUCUAACCCCACGACUUGUGAAGGAGAUGAACCUACUUACCAUGCUUUUGAGAUGCUUAGGAGAUAUAUUCACUCAAUGUGCAGGAGAAGAUGGUCGUUUACAGGUUACCAAGUGGGGGUCUUUGUACGAGAUCACUAUUCGUGUGGUUGAAGAUAUUCGAUUUGUGAUGAGCCAUGGUAUUGUGCCCAAAUUUGUGACCAAUGACCAGCGGGAUAUCUUGAGAACUUGGAUGAGACUUUUGUCUUUUUUGCAAGGAAUGAGUCCACUAAAGAGAGAAAAUGGCCAACCCCCGGAGGAGGAAAACGAUAAUAUAAAUUUGCUUUUUGUGUUAGACCAUUCUAUUGCCAAUAUUCACUCUCUUUUGGUGGAUGGAGCAUUUUCUAGGAAUGAAGAGACGAAUGACAUUUUUUUUGACACAAGUAAACAAGACAUGGAUGAGGAAGAUAGCAUGAGACUUGCAAAAGUAGGACGCUUGUCUCAGGAAAGCUCAGUGUGUGGUGCUUCAGGGAGGAAUACUUCAGUUGUUUCUGCAAUGCAGGUCAUUGAAGUUAAAUCAGAUUCCUUUUCUCGUUCUUUAAUUCCUUCAUCGGUAACAUGGUUAAUAUAUGAUUGCUUGAGGACCAUUGACAAUUGGUUAGGAGCUAAUCAUACAUAUGGGUCAAUAUCAUCUUCAAAUACUAGCAGCACUUCCAGUAGCAACUUCUUAGCUUUGAAGAAAACUUUAUCUAAGAUUAGCAAGGGUAAAUAUAUUUUUGGUGGGUUUACCAGUUCAAAUGAAGAUCAUAAUAGGCAGUAUUUUCCACCGGCUAAUAUUGGUUUCUGCAUGAAUAUGGAGACAGAGAAUACUAAAAGUAUAGGGCAGGACUGCAAAACAGUGGCUUCUGGUGACAGUGAUACUGCCGGUUUUGAUGAGAGUUUGAUGGAAGCAGACACUUCCACAGAAUUAGAUGCCUUGCAUUUUUUGAGUUCAUCUGAUUGGCCAAAUAUAAUAUAUGAUGUUAGUUCACAGGAUGUAUCUGUUCACAUUCCCUUGCAUCGAUUGCUUUCCUUGCUUUUACAAAAGGCUUUAAGGUGGUGUUGUGGUGAAUCUGAGGUGGUCAGUGCAUCUAGUGCAAGUAUUUUGACAUCAUCUUCAAUGUAUGAUGAUGAUAUCUUUGGACGUGUCCUUAGUGGCUGUCACCCUUGUGGGUUUUCUGCAUUUGUCAUGGAGCAUCCUUUGCGCAAUAGGGUGUUUUGUGCCCAGGUUCAUGCUGGAAUGUGGAGGAGGAAUGGUGAUGCUGCUAUUUUGUCUUCUGAGUGGUACCGUUCAGUUCGGUGGUCUGAGCAAGGCUUAGAACUUGAUCUUUUUCUUCUGCAGUGCUGUGCUGCAUUGGCUCCUGCUGAUCUUUAUGUCAAUAGAAUUGUAGAAUGCUUUGGGCUAACAGAUUACUGUUCUUUGACCACUGAGAGAUCCACUGAGUAUGAACCAGUUCUGGUGCAGGAAAUGCUCAUUCUUAUCAUACAAAUUGUCCAAGAAAGGCGGUUUUCGGGGCUAACUCCUGCUGAAAAUUUGAAAAGAGAGUUGGUUCAUCGGUUAGCCAUUGGAGAUGCUACUCAUAGUCAAUUGGUGAAAUCUUUGCCUCGUGAUCUUUCAAAGUAUGAGCAACUUCAGGAAAUUUUGGACUUAGUUGCUGUAUAUUCUAAUCCAUCCAGCUUCAAUCAGGGGAUGUAUUCUUUACGCUGGACAUAUUGGAAAGAGCUGGAUCUGUACCAUCCACGGUGGAACUCAAGGGAUUUGCAAGUUGCGGAAGAAAGAUACAUGCGCUAUUGUAGUGUCUCAGCAUUGACCACUCAGCUGCCUAGGUGGACAAGGAUUCAUUCUCCUCUCAAGGGUGUAGCUAGAAUAGCCACUUGUAAAGUGGUCCUAAAAAUCAUCCGUGCUGUUUUAUUUUAUACUGUUUUCUCUGAUAAAUUGACUGAACCACGUGCACCUAAUGAUGUUCUUAUAAUGGCAUUGCACAUGCUGUCAUUGGGAUUAGACAUUUGUUUGCAGCAGAGAGAACCUAGGGACAUUUCAUUUUCCAAUGAAUGUUCCAUUCCCAUGCUUGCUUUUGCUUGUGAAGAAAUUCACGAGGGAUUAAAUUAUGGUGCUGGUGAGCAGAGCUUGCUGUCACUUCUUGUCUUAUUGAUGAGGAUGCACAAGAGAGAGAAUGUAGACAACUUUUCGGAGGCAGACAGUCGUAAUGUUUCUUCUUUGAUUGAAAACUUAUUGAAGAAGUUUGCAGAGGUGGAUUCAGGAUGUAUGUCUAAACUGCAGCAACUAGCACCUGAAGUGGUCAUGCAUUUAUCACAAUUACUUCCUAGUAGUAAUGUGCAUCCUGUUGGAUCAGCUUCUGAUAGUGAGAAGCGCAAGGCCAAAGCCCGAGAGAGACAGGCUGCUAUAUUGGCAAAAAUGAAAGCUGAGCAGUCCAAGUUUUUGUCGAGCAUUAACAACACUGUUGACGAUGAUUCAAAAUCAGGAUUAGAUGAAAGCAACAAGGAUAAAGAACAAGGUUUAGAGGAGUCUGCACAAGAUGUUUGUUCCCUUUGCCAUGAUCCUAAUUCCAAAAAUCCUAUGUCCUUCUUGAUUCUUCUUCAGAAAUCAAAGCUUUUAAGCUUAAUUGACAGAGGCCCUACUUGCUGGGAUCAAGUUCACUGGUCUGACAAGGAACAAGUCAUUCUAAAUGCAAAGAAAGUGGCUGAUCAAGCUGGAACAAACUCUUCUUCAAGUGGUACAGGAGUGGUUUCAUCAUCUAAUCAAUUAGCAUGGUUGGUUCAAAAUGCAGUUAAUGAGUUUGCUGAUUAUGCUCAACCUGGGGAAAUAAGUAAUUUUCUAGAAUUUGUCAAAGCUCAGUUUCCAUCAUUGAGGAAUUCUCAUGCGCCCAGUUCUUUGAAAACUGAGAACGAUAGAACUGCACAUGCCAUAGAGAUAUUAGAAAAAGAUAUGUACAUAUCCAUUCGAAAAGAGAUGAAUGAUACUAUUCUACUUUCCAGUUCUGGAGUCGAGAAUGUUGAAUUUUCAGCAGAUGAAGGUGGCCUAAAAAGCAGCAGCGGUACUGAUUCUGUAUUGCUUGGAAAAUACAUAGCUGCCUGUUCAGGGGAGAGGACAGAGCACCCUUCAUCUUCUGACAAUACUCUUGAUGACAUUGGAAGGAUGGAUUCUACUUCGCAGGUUUCUGCAUGUGAUGGAUUUGGCCCAGCUGAUUGUGAUGGUGUUUACUUGUCUUCCUGUGGACAUGCUGUGCAUCAGGGCUGCCUUGACCGAUACUUAUCGUCAUUGAAGGAAAGAUAUGUAAGAAGAAUUGUUUUCGAAGGAGGGCAUAUUGUUGACCCAGAUCAGGGUGAAUUUCUUUGCCCUGUGUGUCGUCGACUGGCCAAUUCUGUCUUGCCUUCGUCAUCUGGGGAUUUCCAGAGGGUUUGGAUGGAGCCUAUGAUAUCAACUGUUAGUUCAACAAAUGCUGUAGGACGUUUAGUCAUAUCAAUUGAGGAAAGUAAUUUGCUUUGGCUGCAACAAGCUUUGUCUCUCUUGCGAUCUGCUGCAAACAUGGUUGAAAAGGGAGAUAUUUUGAAGAUUUUUCCUCUGCAAAGAAAUGAAAGAAUGAAGCAAAAUCUUGAUUCAAUCUCUCGUGUUCUCUUUAAGAUGUACUUUCCGAGUAAUUUGUCAAGUUCCACGAGGGCAAACCAUUGCAUGAUUAUGUGGGAUACACUUAAAUAUUCCCUUAAAUCUCUGGAGAUUGCUGCGCGUUGUGGCAGGACUCACUUGACUCCCAUUUAUGGUCUUAAUGGCUUGUAUAAGGAACUUGAAUCUUCUAGUGGAUUUAUACUAUCAUUGUUGUUAAAGAUUGUGCACAGUUUGAGAAGUAAGAAUUCUCUUCAUGUGCUUCAAAGGUUUAUGGGUAUUCAGCUCUUUGGGGAGUCCAUUUGUUCUGGAGUUUCAAUGGACCAUGCCAGUAGUGCUUAUGGAUGUGGAGGUGAUAUGUCGUCCAUUUUGAAACAUGUUGUGAAGGAAGUACCUUAUCCUGACAUGCAAUUUUGGAAGCGAGCCUCUGAUCCCAUCCUCGCUCAUGAUGCUUUUUCAUCAUUCAUGUGGGUUCUUUUUUGUCUUCCGCACCCAUUUUUAUCAUGCGAGGAAUCUUUGUUAUCACUUGUGCAUAUCUUCUAUAUAGUGCUUAUAGCUCAGGCUAUACUUACUACUUGUGGGCAGCAACAGUAUACAAAGGAAUCAACUUUUCAUGAUUCCCUAAUUACUGACAUUUCCAAAGUUAUAGAAGAAUCUGGAUGGAUCCAGCAGCAUUUUGUUUCAAACUAUAUUGAUUCUUAUUGUAAUACCAUUGAUGUAAUUCGUAAAUUGAGCUUCCCUUACUUGAGGAGGUGUGCAUUGCUUUGGAAAUUGUUAAGCACUUCUUUCUCAGAACCAUUCUGUAAUAGGGAUCAUGUGCUACCUGCCAUUGAUGAUGACUCGAUGGACUACAUGGAUAAUGAUAUAGUUGAGCUCAGUGAAGUUCAGAAGCUAGAAAAGAUGUUCAAGAUUCCACCACUGGAUGUUGUUCUCAAGGAUCAAGGAGUACGAUCUUUAGUUAUGAAAUGGUUACAUCACUUCCACAAGGAAUACGAAGUCUAUGGUUUUCAAUCCGUUUUGCAUUCCACACCUGCAGUUCCAUUCAAAUUGAUGCAGCUCCCUCAUGUAUACCAAGAUCUAGUUGAGAGGUAUAUAAAACAACGUUGUGCUGACUGCAAGAAUGUUAUUGAUGAGCCUGCUCUAUGCCUUUUAUGUGGUAGAUUAUGCUCCCCGAGGUGGAAACCUUGCUGCAGGGAAAGUGGAUGCCAACCUCAUGCAAUGGCCUGUGGUUCUGGGAUAGGGGUAUUUUUGUUGAUCAAGAGAACUACUAUUCUGCUACAAAGAUGUGCACGUCAGGCUCCCUGGCCAUCUCCAUACUUGGAUGCAUAUGGUGAAGAGGAUAUUGAAAUGCAUAGAGGAAAGCCACUGUACCUGAAUGAGGAGCGUUAUGCUACUCUAACAUACAUGGUUGCUUCUCACGGCCUUGAUCAAAGUUCUAAAGUCCUCGGACAAACUACCAUUGGAUCUAUCUUCCCGGUCUAGUUUGGGAGACGUUCUUCAAGUGGAGAAUUUUUCCUCAGAUCUGUAUCGAAAAAUCUUCUGCACGUGCAAAAUUGGCCAUGCUUAUGAUUGAGCUGAAUGAGUUGACAAUCAUGGACUGAGGAGUUGUUUGUUAAGGUAUUUCGGAUUCUUUUCUCCAUGAGUUGGAAAGGCUAGGUAUCAUGGUUCUGUUGGUGUUCCGUGGUUGUACAGUUCUUAUUGCAGUGGAAUGUCCCCAUUUGCAAUCAGCAAUCAUGUUCAGUAGAUAAGCGAUAUCCUUCAUCCGUCUCACAUCUGCAUAUGGUGACCUGCAAAUUUGAACUGUACGGCUUCUAAAUCAAGUAAAAAGCCCCCAUUUUCCCUAAUGCUCUUUUCUGUCUUUCCUUGAUUUUGUUUUUGUUGUGAUCCUUCUGGGGGUGGGAUUUUCAGCUGCCCCAUGAAGGAACUGGUAGAUGACAAUUUCCUAUGCAUUUUGUAAAUGUUGUAUAUAGCUCAACUUUGUUUUUCUAGCAGUUUUUUUUUUUUUUUUAAAUGAUAAUGCUGUUCCAAAUUUGAAUUGAUUUCCACCUAGAAAUUAAUAAUUCACUAUA